CUUCCACGAAUGUUGUAUGACGAGUUGGGCUCGCUGAUCAAGGGUAAAGUUAUUCAUCCGGACGAACCACACUACUCUGAGCGUGCUCGGGUGUUCAACGGCAACGUCCUGAACGCAUCCAAAGUCGUCGCGUGCCCGCUUGAUGCCCACGACGUCAGCAAGAUAAUUCUGUUUUGCACGAAGCAUUCUCUGUCUCUCUCCGUCAAGGCCGGAGGCUACGGGACGGCCGGCUGGGCUAUCAACGGUGACAUCAUCGUUGACCUCUCUUCCAUCGCCGACAUCGACAUCGAGACGCCGCUUGCCGAAGGCGGUUAUACCAGUAUUCGAGAUAUAGCACCCUCUGGCAGCAAAGGCAAAGACAAGGUUGGCGCCCCGGUCCUCGAAGGCGUUCCCACGGGCCUGGCCGGUGCAAAGCGGCGCCGCGAGGACGACAGCGAGAGCGAUGGCGAUGAUGCCAAUCCUCUCUCAACGUCCAGCAUCGCUUCUGCAGCUGUCGCGAGCUUCUUGAAUGGCCCGCCGCUCCCAACCGACGCCUCCGGCGAGAAAAUACGUCAGCCCCCCUUGAAUCGCCGGCGCGUCGACGAAGAAGGCUCAGCGAUGGACAUCGACGUGCAGAUGGCGUCCAACGUCCUCGCCGCGCGUCAGCUCUCGACCGACUCGGAGUCGAGCGGCAAGUCGACAUCCUCGCGGGACAGUGCGGACGAGCUCUCGCAUUCUGGGUCGACGUCUACGCUUGUGACGUCUCCCGGUGGUUCCAAGUCGCCCGAGACCGCGCAGGCACCAUCAGCGGCUGAAGGAUUCAGCUUGGGGUCGGGGUCCGCGGCAUUGUCGGAUCCGUUUGCAUACAUGGCCGAGCGGCCGACUCAGCAUGUCGCUUCUGCCCCCCGACCCCGCCUACCCGCUUCCACGACGUCUGCAUCUUCCUCAAACGCAGCUCCGUUUUCGUUCCCGACCGCGGCGCUCAACCACCCGCUUCUGGGUGGAGCCACGGCGCACGAUGCGGUGGGGCACCUCGAGCUCCAACCCGUACACAAGCACGCGUACGUCACGUUCGGGGCAGGCGUCAAGCAGAAGGCCGUUGAUGCGUACACGGCCGCGAACCCGCUGCCGGCGGUCACGCUUGCCGGCGCGCCAGCGGUCGCACCGUACCAUGUACCUUUUUCUGCGCACCCCGUAGGAUCUUCGGUGAUGAUCCUGGGCGGGUUCGGGUUCUUGAGUCGUCUAUAUGGACUGAGCAUCGACAACGUUGUCGAGGUCGAGAUGGUGCUCGCAGACGGGAGCAUCAUUAUCGUCAACGAGCGAGAGCAUCCAGAACUGUGGUGGGCUAUCCGUGGCGCCGGCCCCGCGUUCGGCAUUGCGACGCGGUACAAGACGCGCGCGUAUCCCGUCCCCGUCGUCUUUGCGGGCAAUCUCAUAUACCGCUUCCACCGCGCGACCGCCGGGUCGCUCAUCCGGCACUUCCGCGACUGCGUCAAGGGCGCGCCGCGCGAGCUGUACGCCAACGUGCUGCUGACGGCGGGCCCCGCGGACAAGGACUCGCUCGUGGUCGUGCAGAUCUGCUUCGUCGGGCCGCGCGCGCGCGGCCAGGAGUACCUCGACGCGAUCUCGGCGUGGAACGGCGAGCAGUGCCUGCUGAACGAGGUGGACGAGAAGAGCUUUGUGCACCAGCAGGAGAGCGUCGCGCAGGUGCUGCGCGCAAAGGCGGGCAGGCAGUGGUUCAUCCGCUCGGCGCUCAUCUCGUCGCUCCCGGACGACGUGAUCAACAAGACGGUGCUCGAGUUCGCCGACACGCCCAUCGGAUGCACGUGGCUGUUCGAGCUCGCGGGCGGCGCGAUCGCCGAUUUCGACGGGACGUGCGUGCCCAAGUCGCAGCGCGAGGCGGCGUUCACGAUCGCGGGGCUGCACCAGUGGGACAUGGGCAUCGACGACCCGCGCUGCGUCGAGACCGCCGAGGAGUGGCUGCGGGACACCAUCGGCCCCGUCGCCCUCGGUGGACCGUUCCCCUCCUUCCUGGGCCGACACGAGCCCCCCGCGCGCGUGAUGGCGUCCUUUGGCGCGAACUGGGCGCGCGUCGCGGCGCUGAAGAAGCAGUACGACGCGGGCGGCGUGUUCAGGAACACGUUCUGGCCGCUCGGGCCCGACGGGGAGGUUGUCGAGCCUGGGAGUCAUGAGCCGGGGACGCCGUGAGGGCGGGGGUUGGAGGGCGCAGCAAGAGAUGCGGGAUUCUGUUUGCUUUCUUGGGCAUCUAUGCUGCGCGGUUGGGUGGACGCGCGCGGAGAUGAACGUCGUGCGGCGUGCGUGCGGACCUGCGGUUCAGUCCUGAUCUGUUUGUGGAAGGAUCUUCGAUGCCUAGAUCGGAUUGUGGAGGCCGUUUCUUUGGAUCGCGGUGUGCGUUUGCGUGCGUGCGUGCGUGCGUGUGGACGUGUGUGUACGCUACAUAACUUUGUUGCCUGUGGGCGUGAGUG